AGGAUCCAGUUGCAGAGAGAGGUGUUCAGGCCCAGUAGGCUCAGCUUCUCAAUCAGCUGCUGAGGGAUGAUUGUGUUGAAUGCUGAACUGAAAUCUAUGAACAGCAUUCAAACGUAGGAGUCCUUACAGUCCAGGUGUGUGAGGCCAAGAUGGAGGGUUGUGGUGAUGGCAUCGUCGGUGGAUUUGCACGUGUUACCGUUCUGUCCAAAAAUAUGCAAAGGAGUGGACUAGCUGUGUUAGAGAUUGAUCCAUGGAGAUAUUAUGCAAGACAGGGGUGCAUGGUGCCCUGCAAUGGACUGGUGCCAAAUCCAAGCUGCGGGUUAAAGAUUAGGCUCCAGAUCGACAUCAACCCUGAACAGGUUAAAGCAGUUAUUGAAGGUAAAUGAUCAAUCAAUCAGCUGGUUUACUGCCACGUUACUGAUGUCAAGCCAGGGGUUUGUUUACAUGUACGUCAGCGGUAGAAGUUUUCCAGAAAUGUUGCAUGUCCUGAAAUUCCAGUUAAUCUGGAAACAUUGUUGGAGGAUUUUUACUCCUCUGUGACAUGACAACUUAUUUAAGACAGAAAAUAAAAGGAGAAGUGAGAGAGAGAGAACCGGAAAUGUUUCUCCACCCCGUUGCGAUGACGUCACAUCACUGCCAGAACUGGAAAGUCCAACAUCUGAAAAGCUUCAUCUUCACGGAGGAGAAGAUUUCACUUCAUACAGGUUUCCAUCUGGGAUUCCUGGUUUACUCCAAUCUCCUAUCAGUCUCCAGGUGCCAAUGUACACCGUAUGUCCAAAGAGUAUGCAGACACUCGGACAUCAAAACUAUAUGUGGUUCCUCCCCACAGUUGUAUAGAGCAUUAGAGUUUCUUUCAGUGGAACCAGACUAGGUGAAACCUGUUCCAGCAUGACGUGCCUCUGUGCACAAAGUAAAGUCCAUGCAAAUGCUGUUUGCCAAGGUCAGUGUUCAUAUGAAAACUAUGGGCUUGAUACAGCAGUGUUCCUGAUCCUAUUGUUUCCUCCAUUCUAGUCCAGAGGGCCAUGAGACAGCCCAAAGCCUGGCUUCAGUAUGAGCCUCCGCACUGUAGGGGGUGCUCUGUUCACCUCCCUGCAUCCUAAUCUGCUUGUGAGCAACAGCAGCAGCAGUGGUGGUAGUGGUGGUGGCGGCGGCGGCAGCCGAGGAAGCCGCUGGGGCUCUCUCUCUCUGAAACCAGUGUCUUCCCUGCUGCACACUAUGGUUCCUCCAGGUUACACCGCCCUGCAAGAAGAGCGACUGGCCAUGGUGGAACUCAACUCACCCAAGCCGGAGACUCAGCAGAACGGCUUUCACCGCGAAGGACGUCGCCUCUCAGAGCGUUCUGGAGAUGGCCGAUACGGCGAGACGGAGCCCAUGCUACCUGAUGGCCGGCUCUCAGGAGAGGAGGUAGAUGAGGAAGAAGAGAGCGAAGAAGAAGGCCAGCAACCAGCCACACAAAACAUGCCCAAAGAGUCACCUCUGGCCAUGGCUCUGCAGAUUCUGGUACCAUUUCUGCUGGCCGGCUUUGGCACUGUUUCAGCUGGCAUGGUGUUAGACAUAGUGCAGCAUUGGGAUGCCUUCAAAUACGUCACAGAGAUCUUCAUCCUGGUCCCUGCUCUCCUGGGUCUGAAAGGAAACCUGGAAAUGACCCUAGCCUCCAGACUUUCCACAGCAGUAAAUGUUGGAAAAAUGGACUCACCCAUAGAGAAGUGGAACCUCAUUAUCGGCAACUUGGCGCUUAAACAGGUCCAAGCUACAGUGGUGGGGUUUCUGGCAGCAGUGGCAGCUAUUAUUCUUGGCUGGAUCCCUGAAGGAAAGUUCCAGAUGAGUCACGCUGUGCUGCUCUGCUCCAGCAGCGUGGCCACGGCCUUCAUUGCCUCCCUGCUGCAAGGUAUCAUCAUGGUGGGUGUGAUUGUGGGCUCAAAGAAGACGGGCAUCAAUCCCGACAACGUUGCCACGCCAAUUGCAGCCAGCUUCGGUGACCUCAUUACGCUAGCCAUCCUGGCCUGGAUCAGUCAGGGGCUCUAUAGCUGCCUGGACUCUCACCCUUAUGUGUCAUCUCUUGUGUGUGCCUUCUUCAUGUCUCUGACUCCGGUGUGGAUGAUCAUCUCGUCAAAACACCCUGCGAGCCGACAGCUCCUCUACUCCGGCUGGGAGCCCGUCAUCACCGCCAUGGUCAUCAGCAGUAUUGGAGGUCUGAUCCUGGAUAAAACAGUGUCGGACCCAAACUUGGCUGGUAUUGUGGUCUACACCCCUGUCAUAAACGGUAUUGGUGGAAACCUCGUGGCCAUCCAGUCUAGCCGCAUCUCGACACACUUGCACUUCCACAGCACCCUGGGAGAGGUCCCAGACGAGGCCAAGGGCUGCUACUAUCCCUGCCGAACCUUCUGUGGCUCAGGAGCCAAUCAUAGGUCGGCACAAGUGCUGCUUCUGUUGGUAAUCCCAGGCCACUUGAUCUUUCUGUACACGAUUCACCUGAUGAAAAGCGGCCACACGACUUUGACACCCAUCUUCAUGGCCGUUUACUUGGCUGCAGCGCUGCUACAGGUGUUCCUCUUGCUGUCUAUAGCAGACUGGAUGGUCCACGCCAUGUGGAAGUCUGGGAAGGACCCGGACAGUUUCUCUAUCCCGUACCUGACAGCGCUGGGGGACUUGCUGGGCACCGCUCUCCUGGCCUUGAGCUUCCACUUCCUCUGGGUGAUUGGGGACCAGGACAGCGACGUAGGUGAUUAGGACCAAACAUUUUCACCAGCCACGUGGUACAUCUCAGCCAAAACCGUGCUGUGUUGCUACGGGACGCUGUCGGUGAUUGGCUAACCAUAUAUGAUGUGUGACAAGAGUCACAGAGAGGACCAAUGAGGAUGUGAUGUCCUCAUCAGCUGGACCAUUUUUAUAGUGCUUUUUAAAGGACAGAGUUAUUUAAUAUUCAGCUUUUGAGAGAUUAUUGUAUGCAGCUUCAUUCCACUCAGAUUUGGGAGGAGUCACUGAGCUUGGAGACAUGAAUUAACAUUAUGAAUGAACUAAUUAUCAGCCUGUAUUUCUGUUUAUUCAAUCACAUCCAUGAUUGAGAUUAAAAAUGCUCCCCCAUCGACAACCCAUUCUCCCCUCCUGAUCUUCCUGCCCUCCUGUAGAGGGUUCUGCACUUUGUAAGACAAACGGUAUUUGUGUUCUGGCCCGUCAGGUCAAACACGUUCUGUUUACAUGUAUGCAACUCUUCAUGACACAAGGCAUGUGUGCCUGAGAAUUGGCUGCAUGUGGGCGAUGGCUCUGUGUUUGUCUAUUAUGGCUUGUUUCCUUUUCUGGUCUGUACGUCUCACAUGUGUGUGUUUUACUGUCUUACUUAGUUUUGCUUUAUGGGAAAAAAUACAAUCUGAUCUGUUUUUUAUACUCACAAUAAAUGUUAAGUAUUUGUCUGUAGUCAAUCUCCUCUGAAGCUGCCUCCUUUUUCCAGCGUGUACAGUGUAAUAUCGUUAUGGUUUUCUUUCCUGCUGUAUAAUAAUCUUUUAUUUAUUUAAACUUUCAUCAGCCUACAGCUAAUAUAACUCAUAUGGCAAAGUGACUCAGCACUUGAUAGUCGUAUAAUAAGGACUGUGGACCCCAGUGGUAUUUAUAGCACCACUGUAUAAAUAAACCCUUUUUUACACAGUAAAAAAAAUUGAAUUAACCUCAUAAGCAAUGAAUUUUAUUCGUCUCUUUGGGAUUUAGAGUGUGUACAGCGUAGAGCCAGUUCAGUUCAUGAUCGUGUAGUGUGUGUGUUUUUAAUCCUUGUUAAUGAGCUCUGUUCAGACACAGACAGGAAAAGGUUGUGCUAUAGGAGCUUGAAAUCUCAGACUGACAUUCCAGUUCCUGUGAGAAUUGUGCUCGAGUUUUUUCAUCAUUUUAAUGUUGACCCAGACCAGUCAUGACUCCACCUCUUCAGUCUGGUGUCUGGAACAGAGAGACAAAGCAUAGUGUUGAUAAGGAGACAACAAGAACUCUCUGUGGUUCAAUUUUUAAGUAGUAGGAAUAGUGAGUUCUGUAAUGUAUGUAAUGCUUGGGGUGUGCUUUUAUAGGAAAAUAAUCAGCAGUGGAGUGUUGUGAUUUAAUGUUCCAACAACAUAGGAGAUUAUUCUCCAAUAGCAGCAUUCCUUUUACACCACAGCAAAUUACCAAUGAUUCAUUCUUUGUUUAUUAAAGAACUGUACUUUUUAUCCGUUUAUAGUUAUUUAUAAUUGUGAGAUGUUCUUGAAACAAGUUUUCACUUAACAUUAUAGCAGUAGUUUCCUCACCAGCUUUUUCUCUCUGUUGAAGUUAUUAAGACAACAAAUAAAACCCACUGCCUGUCAUAUUACAGAGAAACCAGAAAGUACAAACUCCUCCAUCGUGAGGAAUUUACCCAGAGUGCAGAUAGAAUGAGCCGACACUGGAGGCUCCUUCCAUUGAUCUUCUCCUCACAGAAAACCUGACCAUACCGAUGAUUACACAUUUUUCUCAAUUGGUGAAUAUAAAGAAAUUCAGUAAUAUCGCUUCUUGUCUUUUUCCUCUAGCUUUCUGUCAUCAACUCGAGCUUCUCUUUCAGUCACUGGUAUCAUAACAGUUGUCUUUUUUUUUAAUGGCUUGAUCGAUAAGUGCUUCAGCUGCCUGCAGGAUCUUUCAUGUUCGGCUUUGAUGCCACUCGUGGUUGUCUUGAGCUGAUUUCUCGUUUUCUUGCUCUCCCUCUUCUUCUGCAUCCUUCCUUCAUUUUAGCCUCUCGAAAUUGUGUCCAGUCAUGCAGCCAGAGAGUAGGAGCUUCAGGCUUGCUUGAGAAGAGUGUGGGAUGGCAGAAAGAUGGAGCUGAGUCAUUCUUUCUCUUACUCACGGUUACUUGUUGGACAAACAGUGAAGGGUUGCUAACACUCAGCUGAGAGAUUCUUUGCAGAAGUUGGGUUACACAUGGGAUCAUGGGUGAAGUAGCUGUAGCUGAAGGAGAAAAAUCUAAACUUCAUCUAAGCCAAACACUGAUGGUGGUGGCAGCUCAAGUGGUUAAGGCUCUGGGUUGUUGAUCGGAAGCUCAGGGUUCAAGCCCCAGCACCGCCAAGCUGCCCCUGUGCAAGGCCCCUAACCUGCCAGGGGUGCUGCAUCACGGUGCUCUGACCCUAACCCUUCAAAGAUGGGAUAUGCGACGAAAGAAUUUCACUGUGCAGUAAUGUAUUUGUGACAAAUCAAGGCUACUUAACUUACACCACUAAACAAACUUACUUUUUGUUCCAUCUACUAAUCUGGUUCACUAAUAUUUUUGGGGGGAUGUGAGAUGAUCAUAUCAUGAUUAUUGAAGGUAUUUGCAUUGGUAGCUCAAGUGGUUAAUUGCGCUGGAUUGUUAACUGGGUUUCAAGCCCCAGCACCACCAAGCUGCCACUGUUGGGGCCCUUGAGUAAGGUCCUUAGCCACUGCUGCUCCACGGAUGCUGUAUCAUAGCUUCUACCUCAUCUUCCUAAGCUUGGAUAUGUGAAGAAAAGAAUUUGAAUUCCACUGUAUUGUAAUGUACAUGUGGCUUCUUCAUCUAUUUCUACAAUAUAAAAUAUGCAUCACUAUAUACUGUAUAUUGUGUUUUUCUGAAGAAACUUUCAGUAAUUUCCUUAGUUUAGUAGGAAAAUACAAAUUUUGUUCAAAAAAUGUAAAAACAUAACAGAAAAGGAAUCUAUAAGAUAUAUUUUGACGUAAUUUAUCAAAUUAAUGCUAUUAUAUCUAGCUCUAAUUAAUUUCGACACAUUAGCUAGUUCUCUGCUAUCAAGCAACAGCUUCCAAUGUGAGAGGGUAAAUGCUGUCACAUGCUUUCUCUCUCCCUUUUUAAUUUUUUUUUAAUUAAUUAAAUUUUUUUUAACCCUAUUUUCUUCCCAUUUGGUCCACUUCUCACAUAUUAGCUAUUAUAAUAAUAAUUUCUCACAACAACAUACAUACGAGUCGGUGCUUACACAUGCUUCCUACAAGUCAUGUGUUGCCAGUUAUCACAUUUCCUUUUUCCUCAUUAUCACUUAUUACACAACAGCUACCAACCUGUAAUGGUAAAGGCUUAAGUGCUGUUGCUACAUACAAAACAAGCUCAUCUUUCUUAGUUGCCACUGAUGGAAACUUAUUGAACGUCCUGUCAUUCCUACCCAAAAAAGUUCUCUUGGAUCUCUAACCUCAGAUGAUUGUGGCAUUGCUGGGAUUCAAGAGCAUGGGAUUCGGGAGCAUGGUCUUCCAGCAACCCAAUGAAAGGCUAAACACUUAGGAGACAAGCAUGCUACAUUUCACCACUAAAUCCUUACAGCAUAAAACGUGUCCUCCCUGCACCAUCACCCCCUUUCCCACACCUUGUAAAUGAUAGGGAGCCACUCUUUGAGUCGGAAAAAAGCCAGAAUCCUGAUAGAAAUGAAAAGCCUGAUGUGGUUCUGUGCCUGAUGAAAGGAAGCAGAAAGGAGGAGUGUGGGAUGAAGGAGCUGAAGUAAACUCUGGGGUAUUUUCAGCAGAGCAGACGUCCACUAUAAGACUGCGGCGAGGGUUUCGGUUAAAGGGAGGGACGGGGUUCAUGGAGGAUGGGGUUUGCAGGUGCAUUUCCCAACCACAUGCUAAAUUCACAUUCAAACACAAACCAACAGCAUGGGGAAUGUGGCUCACUAUGAUUACUAGAUAGAAACAUCUAAAAGGAUAUUUUGGAGUAUUACAUUAGUCAUGGACAGAUAUGUACAGAUUGGUCUAAAUAUAUUCUAAAUACAACAGCAAAUUCCUAAUUUUUCAUCAUUCCUUAAUAAGAUGUUUGUAUAUUCUUAAGACAAAAUGAAAGUAAAAAAUUUAUAAAUUAUUUGGACUAAUUAUUUUUAGUAGUUUAAGAAUAGUAAAUUAUUUGGCCGAACAUGAUUUGUCAUUUUAUAUAGAACUAAGAAAAGGAGUUGAAUAGUGUGUUAAAAAUAGAGUAGUAAAAAAUCUUUAUUCCUUUCAAACUUUCCUUUACGUAUGUUAAUAUAAUAUGACUUUUUUCUUCUGCUGAUGUUUAAAAAAUUCUUCCGACUGAUGAAAAUAAGUAGAUUUUUCCAGUUUUUUUAAUCCCAAAAUGAUGGGGGGGGGUGCAAAAUUUUCCACUCAACUCAAUAAUGCAAAAAUUCUUUUUCUAACUAAUAAUAAUAAUAAUAAUAAUAAUUAUUAUUAUUAUUAUUAUUAUCAUCAUUAUUAUUAUUAGUAGUAGUAGUAGUAUCUUUACUUUUUUUGUAAAAUCAAACAGUUUCAAAAAUGUGCCUCAGUCGUAUUUAUUGUUUGUUUCAAAAUUGUAUUAAUGAUUUGAUUCAAGAUUAAUUCCCUCAUGAAAAUUAAUUAAUUCCUCAAAUAAUCAUGCAUGUUUUUGUUUGUUAUUUGUUUUAACUUUUCACUGAUCACUAGGAUUAAAAUUUCCCUUUCAAUUUCAUUUAAAAUGUACCAUUUAACUCAUCUCAGGUAAACCUGGGUUUUAAGUAAUGGAACAACAGGAUCAUAAUUAAUCCAUAUUUAUUAGAAAACUUAACGAGAAGAACAAAGUAAUGUCUUCGUGAUGUUUUUUUUUUUUUAAACAAUGUUUAAAGAUUAGUCCAACUGGAUUAAUGAAUGAACUUAAUCCAGGAGCAAGUUUAUUCCUGGGUUCAAUCCAGGAUGAGUUUUUGUCCCCCUCAUGCUUUUGAAGGUCGUUCAGUUUACAUCGCCAUUUCUUCCUUAUCACGGAACAACCAGGACGUUUCCUCUUGAUGCUGUCACGCUGCAUUUACUGAUGACAAGAAGAUCUAAAGCACAGAGUGGCACAAACGCUCAGCACACUUGUGGCUUUAUUUUUUUCUUUUUUUUCCUCCUCUUCAACAAUUUCUUCAAAGACACCACUUCAAACUGUGGCAGGACGCAGCUCAGGACAUAUAAUCAGAGAGCACAAGCCUUCCCACAGAGUGCAGGAGCUAACGCCAGCACGCCAAGGUCAGCCAUGUUGGAAGAGCUUCAAUAACAUUUGCUCAGCAAGAAGUUUCAGGACUGAACAUGGUAAUCAAGAGAGACUUUCUGUUACAACUUUCUGUAUUUUUUAAAGAGGUUUAUAAUGAAAAAUGUCAUUCCUUCUUUUUCCAGUAUUGUCAAUAAUUCAGUCAUUUUUAUUGUAUAAUGCAUAAUGAGGAGAAAUUUUUUUUUUUUUACAUGUGGCUCUUAAUGGGAUCUGCUAAGAGCACAAAUAAAAAAGUGACUAAAAACAGAGCAACAGAAGGAAAAGAGUUUUUAGGAUUUUUUAGGAAAUUAAUAAGCACUUUUACACAAGGUCAGAGAUGUGAACCUUUCCACAUUAAAAAGGGAGUGUACUGAAUGUGGAGUGUUGCUCAGUAACUGCUCAGAUUUGUUCAGAUUUUGGAAAAUAGGACAAAGUACUUAUAAGAAAAUAUCAUAUAUAGGAACAAAAAUAAUAAUAACUACAGUAGUGGGCAGGACUGGGAUUAAAAACUGGUCACACAAUUGCACUUGACUAUAAAGUGUAUAGUUAUAGAAGGGAAAUGAUUUAUAAUCACCCUCUCUACAAUCACAGUCACCCAGAUGAGGAUGAGGUUCCCUUUUGAGUCUGGUUUCUUCCUCAUAUCAUCUCAGGGACUUUUUCCUCAUCACCGUUGCCUCUGAAUUAAUCAUUAGGGAUAAAUAUGAAUUUAAAUAUUAAUGUUUUAUGUUAAAUUUUUAUUCUGAAUUUACAUAUUUCUGUAAAGCUGCUUUGUGACAAUGUCCAGUAUUAAAAGCACCAAACAAAUAAAACUGAAUCAAAUUAAAAAACAUUAUGGAGUGAUUCAGUGAGUCGGAUCAUUUGAUUCGUCUCCCCAAUGAAGUUGACUCUUUCAGCUCCUAAAAUG